UCAGCGCAUUUAUAAAAAUUGUCAUUUUGAUACUCAUUAUAAGACUAAUCAUGAGACAAUAUCAUUUGAAUUUGGACCAAUGUAUUUGUCAAAUCUAUGUCCUAAUAUACCUUCAGAAGUCAUAGUACACAUUUAUAUAGUGCAAUUUCCCCCAUAUAUGAAAAUGUAUCACAAAAACAAAUCAAGCUUUAAUUUAUCAACCAUCACCAAUACCUCAAACCAUAUAUUUUCUGAAACUUUAAUUCCAGAAUGUGAUAAAUUGCAUUCAUCAAAAGAGUUAAAUAUUCCAGACUUUACACCAAACAAUGAAGUUUUGCUUGGAAAAAUUAAUAUUGAAACUCAGCUUUAUUAUCCAACAACUGCCAAAUCACACAAUUUACCCAAUGGGCUCAAUCACAAUGCUAAUAACCAUAAUUUUGAUAACAAUCAGUAUUCUUUGCAUUUAAAGCAUAUGAAUGGUUUUAAUUACAAUGAUUUAGUAUUACCAGGGACUUCUAAAAUAAAAAAGAUUAUGUGGAAGCUAGACAAAUUUAGGUCUAUUGUAGAUUCUCUCCUAAGGUUUCCUAAUUCAAAUCAUUCCUCCCAUAAAAUCAAUAUUAAUCAUGAAUAUUUAAACAAUCAAAAUUUGGCAUUAAAAUUUGUAGCUUUCCCACUUUUUAAUAAACUGGAGGAUAAUAUAGAUGAAUUUCCAUUUUCCAGUCUGAAUAAUAUCCACUUCACUAAUUCAAAUCAGGAAAAUGCAUUUGUCCCAUUAUGCCACCUUGAAGGAAAUAACCAAAAUAAUAUUAUCCAAAAUAACUUUAGGCUAAAAAAUCUCAUUUCUCCACAAAAAGGCCUUUCACGACCUAAUGUGAUAAUAAAUGGUUACGCCAAUAGAUCAAAACUACCCAGAAGACAAACCUUCAAUAAUGAAACUUCACGUUUAGGCAAUAAUAAUAAUAAUAUUUUUAUCGAAAAUUGCGAAUAUUCGCACUAUGAUAGUUACAAUGGUUAUUCUAGGCCUCCAGUUAUAAAUGAUCCUCAAAGUUUUGCCAACACCACACAAUAUAGCAAUAAAAAGCUAAAAUUAUCGAAACAAGACCUUAGUUACACCGCUUUCGUUGACUUUUCUCAUUUAUUCUCCAGUUUUUCAAAUUUUGAAGACAUGACAAAUUUUUCUCAAAAAGAGUUUAUUGGCACCAAAUCGAAUAUAAGGCUAAAUCAGCAUGUCCCUGGGAUAUCCACAUAUGGCACAAGAUCUAAUAAUAGUGUAAAAUUGUGCUUCAUUGAAAAUCCGGAUAUAUUUAUCAACUUUAGAUAUGGUAUCAUGGGAUGCCCCUUGAUAAAAAAUAGCGAUUUAUAUCAACCAGAGACGAAUGUUUACACCAAAGAUAACGAUUAUUUAACGAUUAGAACAGAGAGGAAGAAUGGAUAUAUCAAAGCAGAGGAGUCCAACCAUUCGCUUGAAAUAGACAAAUCUUCAAGCCUCAAAAAAAAAAAACUAUCCAGCCUUAAAUUUGGAAGGGAAGCUAGGACUUUGCGCUCAUCCUUAAAAAUGAUUAGCUAUCCCACUAUCCUUCCAAAGGUCAAAGAUUCUUUUAAAAAACUUCAACAAAUUAAAUCGGAUAGUUAUGAUAACUUAACACCAGAUCCCAAGAAUAUGAUGACACUUCACUUAUCUAGCAGUAUACACAAUUAUUUAGAAACUGACUUAAAACAAAAAUUGGUACCAUACGAGAAUAACCCUUCUAUUCCUUACCCUUUACCCAACGACGCCUCCAAAAUUUUUGCCGAAAAAAAAACCCGAACAAGAAAAAAAUGCCAACCAUUACCAUCACUAUAUAAUCCAAAUAACCCAAAUGAUAAUGAGAAGAAUCAAUCGGAAGAACGAAAGCUCCGUUGGCUGAAGGACGAGCAACGUUUACUCAACCAGCAGUUACCACCGUCCCGUAAAAUAGUGCUACAAUUCGAAUUGUUAGCUACUAAUUCUUGCCCUAAUGCUAAUAAGAGAACAUUGAGAGAUGGGGAAAGGGAAGAUGAUAUCAAAUUUCUUCCCGAUAAUUACGAAAAUUGUUGCCCAUUGAAAAAGGAAGAAUGGCAAGAUGACACUUAUCCAGUAGCAAUAAACAUCGAGAAUUCGGAAGGUGACUCCAUCAUCACUCCCAUCCGCAAUAAUCAUAUUCAAACUGUAAUUUCUAAUAGUGCUGCCUUGAAAUGUCCUUGGUGUUAUACAUUGUGUAUAGAUUUGUACGCCUUCCUCAAGCAUUUUAAUCUAUUUCAUUUUCGUUUUCGUUACUAUUUACAGAUUGAGGAAGCAUUAAUAGUAAUACGGGUCAUAGUAAACGAAAAUUAUCAAUCUACCCACAAGGAAGAUUUAUCGAAUUUCAUGAUGACUUCGGGACUUAUUUCACACAAGGGCUCCUCAUUAUCACCAUCUCAUCACAGGAUCUAUAAUGUUUUACCGUUUACCGAAAUUUUAGCUUUCAAAUCUAAUCGACCCAAAUACUGUAGAAAUUUAAUGGAAUUUUGCGAUCCAUCGUCUUUUUCGAAUUACAAAAAUGCUUUGCAAGAAUUGAAUUCUUGUAAUCUUUUGCAUUACCCUAACCAGAUCAAAAAAGGGCACGAUAGAAUAUAUUUUAGAAGCUUAACCUACAUGCCUUUAAUGCCCGAAGAUAUCGAUUAUGACAGCGAAUCAGAGUCUAACCCACAGUGGUUGAUCGAUAAAAGAUGCAAUUUAAUCGACGACUUUACCGAUGUGGAUGAUUUUGAAAAGGAGUUUAUGAAGAUUUGGAAUCGAUUCAUGAUGAGCAAUAAAGGCAACAUGUAUCUUGGCGAAUGCCACAUGUUCGAAGCUUGCAAAAAGUUUAUAUCACUAAACAAUUAUUCUAUUCGCAGCAAAAAUUUGUCCAAGAAUUUGAUAUUCCAUUUAUGCCAAUUAUACCAUUUCGAACUCAUAUCAUCCCAACAACAUUCCCAACUUUGGAAGACAUUCACCGAUACAAAUAUUUAAUAAUCUAUAAUUAAUAACUUUUUGAAAUAAUUUUUGUAAUAAAUCGUUUAAUAAUUAUAUAUAUCUUUUAUACUUUCCUCCUAUAGAAUUUCUCAGGUAAAAAUUGUUCUUUAACCUUUUGCAUUUUGCUCAUUAUAUAAAAUAUUAAUUUUUUACCAAAAUAACUGCCCCUUUGACAUGGUCCUCUAUAUUAAUAAUACUUAGGCAUACUUUAAAAUGAAUGUUAAUUUUUCCUGCAUAAUUUUUUUUUACGAUACAAACUGUUUGUUACAUGAGAUUCACAUAUAUAUAUUAUAUUGUAAUAUAUGAUUUUU